AUCUAAACAAGACUUCUUACGAUUCUUAUCAAAUCAUAUGUUAGGGAGAUACGCAUUUACUCAUACAAAAAGCGGGUAACACCGCAUUCGAAUCUCAUUCGUUCCCAGAACGCGUUGAGAUGUCGAACUGGCGAGUCGUUAUAUUUUUUCUGGGACUCCUGUGUUCUUGGAGCUCGGUAAACACUGAAGAUGUCAACGUUAGAUCAAUGACGAACCAGAUCGACUUAUUAGUGAAGACAGGACAGGAGACUACGUUAUUGAAAAGGAUGAUAAGCACUCUAGCCAUCCCAAAAGAAUUGCAAAGGACAGAUUGGAAAAGCUUCACUGGGGAAAGGGCUAAGCACAUAUGUAUAAUAUGCCAGGCUGUGGUGAAAACAGCGAUCACAAUGAGACGAACAGGUGCCUCGCUAGACACCAUCGAAGGCAUAAUAAUUAAGCUCUGCAUAGCACUGAAUUUGCAAACGGUCGAUGUAUGUCACGGGGCCAUCGAAUUAAAUGCGCCGAUCCUAUUUUACAUAGUUGAUAAAAGGCCAAACCUCACAGAGACCGACAUCUGCGGAGUAAUAUUGCAAACAAAGUCCUGCACUACGGCAAACAGUGAGUUCGAGUGGUCGGUGAAUAUCGCAAGUGGUUCAGCGAAGGUGAUACAGAAGGAAAGGAGUGAUCGGACUGUUAAGAUUCUUCAGAUAACUGACGUUCACUACGAUCCCAGUUAUGAGCCUAGGGGCAAUGCUGACUGCGAUGAACCAAUUUGCUGUCGCCAAGGACAAAACAAGACAAAUACCAGUGGCUUGACUGCGGGUUACUGGGGCGAUUAUCAUUAUUGCGAUACUCCCUGGCAUGCAGUUACGGAUGUUUUGGAUCACAUUAAAGAUGUCCACAAGAAUAUCACCUAUAUUUAUUUCACUGGAGAUAUCAUUGACCAUGGAAUUUGGGAGACCACCAAGGCUGGAAAUAUAGAAAGUUUAACAAAAAGCUAUGCAGAACUUUACGAUACAUUUGGGGACAUUCCGGUUUACCCAAUUUUUGGGAAUCACGAACCUCAGCCAGCCAACAUUUUCGCACCAAGUUACCUGAAGAAUGAAGACUUCAGUACAGAAUGGCUUUACACUUUAAUGGCUGAUACGUGGAUUAAUUAUGGCUGGUUACCAGAAUCCACUCGAUCCACCAUACUCAAGGGUGGCUUUUACACAGUUUCCCCAAAGAAAGGGUUCCGGAUCAUUGCGUUAAACAAUAACGUUUGCUAUACGUAUAAUUGGUGGCUGCUGUACGAUCCCAGAGACCCUGACGAUCAGUUGAGAUGGUUGAUAGACAUUCUUGAAAAGGCCGAAGAAUCCAAUGAAUAUGUACAUAUACUAGCACACAUUCCUCCCGGUGAUGAAUCUUGUUAUAUUACCUGGAGUCGAGAAUACCGAAGGAUUGUCAAUAGAUUUGCUCAUAUAAUAACUGGUCAAUUCAACGGACACACUCACAACGAUGAACUGCGUAUCUUUUACGAUCUUGAGAAUAACACAAAACCUGUCAAUGUUGCUUGGAACGGUGGCAGCCUCACAACUUAUCCAUCUCUCAAUCCAAAUUACAAGACCUACGACGUAAAUGCUAACACUUUUGAAAUCGAGGACAUACACACGUGGAUUUACAAUCUCACCUUAGCCAAUGAGAACCCAACUCAACGACCCCAAUGGUUCGAAUCGUACUCCUUCAAGGAACAGUAUGGAUUACGUGAUUUGUCUCUUAACUCUUUAAAUGAUUGGGUUAUUACCUUAUCCCAAAACAGCAGCAUGCUGCGCACUUAUCAUAAGAAUUUUAUCAAAUUAGCUGACCCGGGCUUGCAAAUAGGCUGUCAGAAUACCUGCCUGAAAGAGUACCUCUGCAAAAUAGUGACCAGUGCAGUUGACGAUGAUUCUCAAUGUAAAUAUUUCACAAAGCAAUAGCAUUUCUCUUUUUUGUUUUUAUCCAGAGAAUCAAUUUGUAACAUUUUAGUUUCUGAUACAAAGCACUCAUAAAAAUGUCAAGUUUUGUCUUGUCAAGUCGAUAGAAUCAAAUAUGUCACAAAUAUAACUUUAGGACAUUUCACAGUUUGCAGAUAAUUGCACACUCUUUGAAAUUUUUUAUAACAAUAAAUGAAUACUUUUGUA